AUGCCUUCUGACAAUUACAACUUUGGCGAUGUCUUCCAGGCGAUUUACAUCGCCAAGCAGAAACCUUCGCCACGCCCCGUUUCUGAAGACAUGAAAGUUGUUUUACAAAGCUUCCCGCCUCUCGGGAAAGUGACACCUAUCCAGGGUACAGAGGUCACUUUGACGCUUGUCCUUGAGAUACCCAAGUACCGUACCAAUGAGCCAUGGGAAGCCUCAGUAUGGCACUCGGUAGACGGCUCAGAUUGGAAGGAUCUGGAGGUAGUCUCACUCACAGAGACUGGAGCCCCCCAGGCUCUCCAAGCACUGGAUGAUUCCAUGUCACGAUUCUAUUUCACAUCUUCCUUCUCAUUUACAACAUCUGUGCAGUUCACUUUCAAGUUCCGUCAUAGUCCUGAUGCAGACUGGAGAUGGAUUCGUGAUGAACAGGAUGUCAAUGAUGGCUUGAUUGUCAAUGCCUCUAACAGGAUUUCUUCUAGUGAUCUCUCUGAUUCAAUUCCUGAUCUCAACUCUCAAGACUGGAGUGUCAAGCCACGUUUGAGUCAAUCACCUAGAACUUCACUCUGGUCACUCGAAGCAGUCAUUCCAGCUGCAAAUAGCGAUGAGUCUUCGUACAGAGACAUCAGUGUCGGUACUCCCUGGGGCUCUUUUGUUAGACUAUGGUCACCGUGGCUUGCACCUCGCCAUGGGCACUCUCAAUUCAAACUCGAUAAAGAUGCCAUUCUCUGUUGCUUCUUAAGCCCCCAAGGUCAUAACCUAGUGUUCCUUGCCGUCGGCGGUGUCAGUCAUGUCUUGCCAGUAUUUCGAAGCGAGCCCAAUGGAAAGCUGCAGGUUCAUAUCCGAAAUGACGGUCUCUCCGAAGAAAAGGCCGUUAUUCUUGUUUCAGUUGGAGACGAUUUCGACUGCACCAUUGCAUCUGUGAUGUAUCAUGCUCGAGAUAUGGUUGCGGGAACAAAGAAAGCCAGCGAUGAGUUGUCACAGGCCUUGUCCGCAUUGAAGAGGGACUUCAAGGCAGAGUGGCUAGAAUACUGGUUUGAUGGACUGGGUUUCUGCACAUGGAACGCUCUGGGCCAACGACUAACAGAUCAGAGAAUAUUCGACGCUCUCGAUAAGCUUUCUGAGCACGACAUCCAGGUAUCUAGUCUCAUUAUUGAUGACAACUGGCAGUCGAUCGACUAUCGUGGCCCAAGCCAGUUUCAAUAUGGUUGGAACGAGUUUGAAGCGGAACCCAAGGGGUUUCCCAAAGGCUUGAAAUCCACCAUAUCUCAUAUUCGACAGAACCAUCCACAUAUCCAACACAUUGCUGUUUGGCAUGCCCUCCUGGGCUACUGGGGUGGCAUUGCUCCUGAUGGCAAGCUUGCCAAGACAUACAAGACCAUCGUAGUGACACGGGAAGAAGCUGACCGCCGAAAUCUUCCGUUAGGUGGGAAGAUGACGGUAAUCGCACAAGAAGAUGUGUAUCGAUUCUAUGAUGAUUUUUAUCGAUUCCUCUCAGAUGCCGGUAUCGAUGCUGUUAAGACGGAUGCGCAGUUCAUGAUCGAUACGUGGAUUGAAGCAUCCCCGCGCCGAGAUCUGAUCAAUACGUACCUCGAUGCGUGGACCAUCUCACUUCGUCACCUCAGUUACAAGGCGAUAUCAUGUAUGUCGCAGUUCCCUGAGGCACUCUUCCAUUCGCAGAUGCCAACCAAUCGGCCUACCAUUCUUGUUCGAAACUCUGACGACUUCUUCCCUGAGGUUCCUGCUUCACAUCCAUGGCACGUGUGGACAAAUGCGCACAAUGCUAUCUUUAUGCAGCAUCUAAAUGUUCUUCCCGACUGGGACAUGUUCCAAACUGUCCAUGACUAUUCCGGAUUUCAUGCUGCGGCCAGAUGUGUGAGCGGAGGUCCAAUUUAUAUCACUGAUGUUCCCGGUGAGCAUGACAUGGAUCUUAUUGAGCAAAUGAGUGGUCGUACCCCGCGGGGUAAGACUGUCAUAUUCCGGCCAAGCUCUUUAGGAAAGGCCGUUGACCCUUAUAUCGGAUACGACGAUGAUUUACUCCUCAAGGUUGGAAGCUAUCAUGGAGCCUCACAGACCGGAAGCCCUAUCAUGGCCAUUUUCAAUAUCUCCUCUCGGCCAUUGACUGAAUUGGUAGCUCUUUCAGCGUUCCCUGGUGUGGUCCGCGACCUUGAAUACCUGGUUCGUGCUCAUACCACAGGCAGGGUUUCUCGUCCUACAAAGGUCGAGAGCCCAGAAUCACUAUUUACUAUCUCAUUGCCUGUCAGAGGCUAUGAUAUUCUCUCCGCCUUUCCUUUGACUCGCCUAUCCAGCAAGAACCAUGGCAAUGUCGCGAUCUCGAAUUUAGGCCUGUUAGGCAAGAUGGCUGGUGCAGCAGCAAUCCUCAUGAACGAUGUUCAAGUGCGAGAGAAUGGACGUGUUCUGAUUGAUACGCGAGUUAAAGCAUUUGGCACCCUAGGGAUCUAUGUAUCUACACUCCCUUCUUUGACGAUUGAAGAUGAUUUUCUGAUCACGGUUCAAGAAAAGGUCAUACCUGUGUAUACCGUGGCCAUUUCUACGGUUGAUGCUUGUGUACUUGAGAUCAACAUUGGAAAAGCCUGGAAGGAAUUGGGUCUUGAAACUCGAUGGGGAAAUGACGUCGAAGUCAAGGUCUACUUCAGUUUGUGA